CAAGUAGGUCAACUAGGUUCUCAUGGAAAGCAAUCAGAUUAAUGCACCGACGUUGCAUGCUCUGCAUCAAGAGGACUAGGGGUUCUGAUUAAGGAAAUUUCACAUUGCUCUUCUGGGCAAGAACCACCAUUGCUAUUGAUAUUCCAGGCAGUGUCUCCUUCCUUCUGUUACAUAGCCGAUAUACCCUAGACCUCUCAUUUUAAAUUACAGCCCAAUAAUAUCUCACUGCAGUGGGGGCUGUGGCAGACAGAACGGAGUGCAUUCUGUCUCAUUGAUCUUAUGCAUAGCUGAGUCAUAGGCUCCAUGCUUAAAUACAUUGCCACAGGAAGUCACGGCUGGAUGUGUCGGUAACCAGGUGGUGCAGAGUACAUUUAUCUUGUUUUAAGGAUAUACAGUGUAAAACAAGGCUAAAUAGCGAUUCAAAAAAUGUAGGUGCUCUCUAAAGCAAUCCGAUUAUUUUAGCAGGUGGAGCGGGAUAUGGUAGAUAAAGACUCAAGGUCUUCGCAUCUCCCAGAAGAUACAGUCUUUCAUUUCCCAAGAAGUCACACUUUGCAGGCAGGACACAUGAGAAAAAGUUUGAUGAUGACAACAGAGGAGAAACCCUGAGGAUUAUAGAGAGACUGGACAGGCUGGAGAGUGUUGUUAACCAGCACAUACAAGAGAAACCAUUAAAAGAUGAAGAUGACACAGCUGACAUGUCCCUCUCAGAUUCUCUUUUUGCACACUGGGGUCAUGACCUCGGCCCAGAGAGCCGCAAAGUGGCCCUGAAGAAGUUUCAGUACUACGGUUACAACGGCUACCUCAGCGACAGGCUCUCUCUAGACAGAGCCAUCCCAGACCUCAGGCCAGACGGGUGCAGAAACAUCUCAUACCCCUCCAGUCUACCACAAGUCAGCAUCAUCUUCAUAUUUAUGAACGAGGCGCUGUCGGUCAUCCUGCGUUCCGUUCAUUCUGUGAUCCAUCGGACGCCCUCCCACUUGCUCAAGGAGAUAAUCCUCGUUGAUGACAACAGCAACAACGCUGAACUGUCGGAAAACCUGCAGAGGUUUGUGGAUGAGACCAACCAGCAGCGUCCCGACUUCAUUAAAGUGGUUCGGCAUGACAAACAGGAGGGCUUGAUUCGCUCUCGGGUCAGUGGCUGGAGAGCUGCGACCGCCCCCAUCGUGGCCCUGUUUGAUGCUCAUGUGGAGUUCAAUGUCGGAUGGGCUGAACCAAUCCUUCACAGAAUCAAAGAGGACAGAACCCGGGUCAUCUCGCCAUCGUUCGACAACAUCAAAUUCGACACGUUUGAGAUCGAAGAGUAUCCGCUCUCAGCUCAAGGGUUCGACUGGGAACUUUGGUGUCGCUAUCUAAACCCUCCCAAAUCCUGGUGGACACAGAAGAAUCAAACUGCACCAAUCAGGAGUCCUGCUCUAAUCGGUUGCUUUGUAGUGGAUAGGGAGUAUUUUGAGGAGAUUGGUCUGCUGGAUGAAGGGAUGGAAGUUUAUGGAGGGGAAAACGUGGAGCUGGGGAUCAGGGUAUGGCUGUGUGGAGGAAGUGUGGAGGUCAUGCCCUGUUCCAGAAUAGCUCAUAUUGAGCGCGCCCACAAGCCCUACACUGAGGACCUGGCAACUCACGUACGCAGGAACGCUCUGAGAGUGGCCGAGGUGUGGAUGGACGAGUUCAAGAGCCACGUUUACAUGGCCUGGAACGUUCCACAACAGGACUCAGGGAUCGAUAUUGGUGAUAUCAGAGAAAGAAAAGCUCUCAGAGAGAGACUCCACUGUCAACCCUUCAGCUGGUUCCUGAAGAAUAUUUAUUCUGAGAUGAGAACCUACACAGACACCAUCGCUUAUGGUGUACUGAGGAACAGCCUGAGGCCAGAUCUGUGUGUGGAUCAAGGUCCCGACUCCGACAACAUUCCCAUCCUGUACAUCUGCCACGGCCUGACGCCUCAGAAUGUGUACUACACAAACUCUCAGCAGUUGCAUGUCGGAAGCUUGAGCCCGACCAUCGACGACGACGAUAACAAGUGCCUGGUGGACGUGAACGGCCGGCCGCGACUGCUAGAAUGCAGCUACGCCAGCAACAAGCACAUGAAGCUCUCCUGGCUCUUUACUCAGGGAGGCUCCAUUCAGAAUAGGAAGUCAAAGCGUUGUUUGGAAUUGGUGGAAAGUGCGGAAGUGGAUCACGGAUAUCAGCUGGCCCUUCAGAAGUGCAGCAAUCAAAAAUGGACGAUUACCAACAUAUUGCCUGGGAAAGUUCUAUAGGCAUGGUGUCUAGAGGACAUAUCACUGGAUAUACAGUAGACUGAGACACUGUAUCCCUUUACACACAUCGCUGUGUCAUCAGCUAGAAGACAGAGAGCUGUUCUCUGUUAUUUAACACUGUAAACAUCUUCAUGUCUUGUGCCAGACCUCAAAGACAUCAUGAAAAGUCUCCUGAAUUUCAUUUUGUCCAAAAGAGAUGAUUGGUUUAGAAAUACUGAUUCUGAAAGGGAUAGUUCUCCAAAAAUGAAAAUUCUUUCAUCAUUUACUCAUCUCAUGUUGUUCAAAACCUGGGGUGCUUUUGCCAAAAUCAUUGUUAGCCAACUAUGGUAACAAGUUCUGUCAUUAUCAGCAUAGUUCAACGAGUCAGUGUUUCCCGAAACCAUAAUUCAAACGAACAACAAAGUUGUGUGGUUGGAAAGGCAGCUCUUGAUUUGUGGUUAGAAGCAUAGUUUAUCAAAAUAAGCAAGUUGAUGUUCAAUACAAUCUAUAUCUUUCGUUUCGAAAAUAUGCAAAUUUCAUUUACAUCUUUUUGUCAAGAGAUUUAAAGCACGUUUUUGAAGAGUGAAUCUGAAAAUAAAUUAAAAUAACUGAGAAUUAAUCCUCAGAUGCCAUGUCCGUAAAAUCUGGCGUUGAUUCAAUCUCAAACGUUUUAAUUAAAAGAAGUUAUUACUCUACCACCUGAGUGACAUCAUUAACCAACGUGGUUGAAUGACAAAUUUGCGACAAUGUGGUUUCGGGAAAAAGACUAGCUAGUUGAUUUCUAGAGUUAUGCCGUUGUAAACCACAAAAGAAGAUAUUUCGAUUAAUGUUGGUUUUGAGCAUUGACAAAAAAAUAACACUCAAAAAAUAAUUUCUCAAAAUAUCUGGUCUUCCGCAGAAGAAUGGCAUACAGGUUUGGAUCGACAUGAGGGUGAGUAAAUGAUGACGGAUUUUUUUUUUUUUUUUGGGCAAACUGUCACUUCAAAUGUUCUGCUGUAUGAUUGUAUCUUGUGUAUUUAAGCAUUUAGUAAUUUAGCUACUGUGUAGCACCAAUUUAAAAUGUUUUUCUUUUUCUCAGGUUCGUUAAUGCUGGCUGUGAUUAUUUGAUGUGGAAAAAGAUGUUUUAUAAAUGUAAAUAAUCUUUCUAAAUAAUAUUAAAGACUUUUAACUCUU